AUGCCAGCACAGUUCAGCUUUGACCAGCGGCUGCAGUCGCCAGUAGCCAGAAACGGCAGCAGCGCGGCGGCAGGACACGAAUUGGAGUCGCUGGAACGGCCGCAGUCGCCGCAGUCGCACGCGAGCCCGUCUGAUCGCGACGCUAUACAGCUGAUCACCCUCAAAAAGAUCACCUCCCGGCUGUUUGAGAACCUGCAGCAGCUGGAACACCAGGGCGAGCCGGUGUGUCUGGCCGUCUGCGCCAAAUACAUUGCCUUUGGAACAGCCAAGGGUCACGUGCUGGUAUUCAGCUACGACCAGUCUCUCGAGGCCGCUUUCUCCACCGCGGUGCCCAUCACGGCGAUCUCGUUUUCGCUGGACUCCGGCUCGCUGGCCGUGGGCCACAGAACGGGCCGGGUCAGCGUCUACGAGCUUUCGAACCAGGACAGGCCGGCUCACACUUUCGACCCGCUAGGCAGCCCGAUAUCCACGCUCUCGUUUGUCGGGAAACGCCAUUCGGCUCUUCUGAGCACCACGGACGACGGAAGGCUCGUGUACCACCACGCCACACGCACGCUGUUUGGGUUCAGCUGCAGUUCGCGGACGCUGGCCGAAAAUGUUCUCGCCUCUGCACAGCUGCUGAUGGGCCCCGUGGCUUACCCGACAGACACCAUGGGCGUUCUUGCGCUGAUGACGCCGUCCGGGCUGACGGUUCUAUCAACAGACCCUGUAGUGCAGACCCAUUUCAGGGUGGGAAAGCCCAGGAUUCUCGCCGAGACAGACACGUUCUGUUGCGCCCAGUGGUUUCCUGCUGCCAAAGAGUCUCCUGCCCUGGCGUACUCGUGGGGAAACGUGCUGACGUUGAUAGAAGUUGUGGCGGACAAAAUUGUCGACGAGCGCAAAAGCGAGUCGGUGCUGCUCCGCUACGAGAACAAGCGCAGAUUCGCGUGCCAGGAGCCCAUCGUUGCCAUACACUGGCUGAAUGCCAGGGUUCUUGUGGUUCUGACCGUUUCGCAGCGGCUUUUCUGUCUUUCGCGGGAAAAUCUCGAGGUGCUCACCGAACAGGACGUGAUGAACAAGCACGUGAAGUACCGCCUGGCAAACUCGCAGCAUCGCAGCUUUGCAGCUACCAGCGCAGUUUUUCGAGGAAAGCUGUUUGUUCUGGGAAAGUACCAGACGUUUCUGGGCUCCCCACGCAACUGGGCAGACGAGCUCUUUGAGCUGCUACAGUCGGGCCAGUACAUCAGCGCGCUGGAGACGGCGCGUAUACAGUACGAAGGUCUCUGCGACCUAGUUUUAAUUGGAUUGCCAAAGGACGACGACGAGCGUCAUCAGAAGAUGCGCCAUCACAUCAUGCAGAUGCUCGAUGCGUCUUCCAGAUACAUCUUUACCGACCAGGCGCUUCUUGCGAUGGAACCACUCGCGCGCAAAGACGUUCUUACGCAGUUCCUUGCCACAGCUUUCAGAGUCUGUGUCAGCCUCCAGCCCGAGCCCGCCGUUUACGAGCAGCUGUUUGAGAGAUACGUGGCCAAUGGGCUGGAGGAUGUGUAUUUUGGCGUUCUGGAGAAGUUCAUCCGCAAAGACGAGAUUACAGUCCUGCCUCCUGCCGUGCUGCGCAAAAUGGUGGCUCGCUAUGUCUACGACGGUAGAGGCCAUAUCCUGGAAGAGAUAAUCUGUUUCUUGGACCUGAAACAACUGGACAUUGACCUCACCAUUACUCUGUGUCGCGAAAACCAUCUGAACGACUCGCUAGCAUACAUUUGGAACACCAUGCUGGAAGACUAUAUCACCCCGCUUAUGGACGCCUUGAAAGCUCUAAAAAAGCAUGGCCACGAGCCCGCCUACCAUGACGCCGACUACGUCUACGCAUACAUAUCGUACGUUUUGACUGGAAGACAGUAUCCUACCGAGAAGCCGAUCAACUACAGAACGUGCGACACAGCGAAAAAGAAUAUCUACUAUGUGCUUUUCAGCGGAGCAGCCGUUUCGUGGCCCCGCGGGGCCCCCAAAUUCCACAUCGUCGACGAAGAAAACGUAGUCGACGAGCCUGCGUUUCCGUACCUUUUUCUGCUGCUGAAACACGAUGGAGCUCUUUUUUUCCGGUGUCUGAACGAGGUUUUUGAGGACACUUUUCUCAACGAGAACGAAGUGUUCGGUUUCUCCAGCAACUCAGACACUUACGAGCUGAAGGUGAGCCGCCAGUACAUACUCGACGUCUUGAUGGGCAUAUUUGGCGAAAAUGAGUUUGGCAAGGAGUACAAGACGUAUUUGGCUAUCUUCAUUGCCCGGAACUACCCCAAGUACAUGCAAUUCAUUCGACUGUCCAAUUCGCUGCUGGAGUCCAUUAUUCGCGACCUCUGUGCGUAUCCCGUUCCUGAACUGAAAGAGGAGUGCGAGUUGAGUCUGCAGAGCCUGCUUUCUGUGCACAAGCCCAGCACAUCCUUGGUGCCGUUGCUGGAAUCUGCCGGGUUUUACAACGCCCUGGUGAGCAUCUACCAGUCUGAGCAGCGUGCGCUCAAGCUGCUGGAGCUUUGGAUCGAGCAGAAAAACCGGCCCGAGGUCACGGAGAUCAUGGAACGCUGUUUCAGACUCGUCAGACACAACCCUGGCGAAAGGCUCGACGUGGAACAGUUUCUGGAACGCCAUUUCGCCGAGUUCUGCGCCGAUCCUGCUGCCGCUGCCCAGGUGUUUUCUGAGCACUGUCAAAAGCUCAACUCCAAGGCUCUGGAGCUGGACCAGCGGCAGAAAUACGAAUAUCUCAAAACAGUGUUUGAUAUCCGUGCCCAGAGGGGACUCGUGGUGUCUUCCGAGAUGGAAAUUGCCUACGCAGAGUGUCUGCUCCAGCACGAUCCCGCCGGUCUCAAGCAGUUUGUGCUUGGUUGCAAGGUGACCGAGAAAUUGAUGCAUUUUCUGAGAGAAAACCAGCAGUUCGAGACGAUCGUCGAAAUACACCGCAGAGAAAACGAACCCGUGCAGGCGGUCGAGCAAAUCAUCCAGGCCUUGAAGUACUGCGCCACGCACCUAGAAAAUGCAGAUAACAGCGACGUUCUUUGGAGAUAUCUGUACCUUGGCUUUGACGUCAUUAAGGAAUCCCAGCUCACUCCCGACCCGUCGCAGGAUCUGCAGCCAGAUGAGAAACUGUACCUGGAGCUUGUGGAGACUGCGGUUGGAUUUUUUGUGGCGGCCGAGGGGCCGUUACUGGACAGUUUCAAGCGACUCGUCCAGGACGCAUUCACGACGCUGAUUAACGUCAAAAGAGACCAUUCGGACUCGUUUUCGCGCAUCUUCAACACGUUUCUGACACGCUCGUCCGUCCAGCUCACGACGCUGCAAGAGGUGCGGCCCGUGCUGGACGAGAUUUUCGUGGCCUACGCUCACCAGGAGGUGAUUUACGAAAUUAUCUUGCGGCUGGUGAACAACGACAUUUUCCAGGAACUGAUGGUGCUACAGGCGAAAAGAGGAACCGGCUGGUCGCUUGCCAACCUGGAGUGCGAGGUGUGCGGCAAGCCGAUCUGGGGGUCCAAGGUGAGCGCGCAGGUGUUUGAUGCGUGGCAGGAGUGCCGUUUGCAGGGCGUCGUGCGCACGUCGAUCGACGCAGAUGUCAUGGUGUUCCAAUGUCGUCACGGUUAUCAUACCAGAUGCCUACAUAACAUGGGCGUGGAGAAAGAGUGUAUCCUGUGUAGAAACCAAUAG